GAGACGCGCUGCUAUUGUUAUUUUCUUCCCACUCGAUACCUAGGAUGAACUUGCGUCCUUUCCGUAAUCCGCCAUGGAAUUCUGCUCCCGGCUUCUAGACCUCCAGAGCCAAAGACACCCCAGACAACAGACGCCCAUGCGCAGCGUAUAGCAGUAACUCCCCAGCUCGGUUUCUGUGCCGUAGUUUACAGUAUUUAUUAUAUAUAUUGUUAUUAUAGCAUUUUUGAUACCUCAUAUUUCUGUUUACACAUUUGAAAGCCGCUAAGUAAUUCUCUCAUUAAUUAAAAAAAAAACAAACCACUACUCUAGAGAAUGGCUGCUACUACUGCUGCUGUUAUUAAUCCAUUAUGGAUGCUUAUCUUGGGCUUCAUCAUUGCAUUUAUCUUGGCAUUCUCCGUGGGAGCCAAUGAUGUAGCAAAUUCGUUUGGUACAGCUGUGGGCUCAGGUGUAGUGACCCUGAAGCAAGCCUGUAUCUUAGCUAGCAUCUUUGAAACUGUGGGCUCUGUCUUACUGGGGGCCAAAGUGAGCCAAACCAUCCGGCAAGGCUUGAUUGAUGUGGAGAUGUACAACUCAACCCAGGAACUGAUGGCAGGCUCAGUCAGUGCUAUGUUUGGUUCUGCGGUGUGGCAACUAGGGGCUUCGUUUUUGAAGCUCCCCAUUUCUGGGACCCAUUGUAUUGUUGGUGCAACCAUUGGUUUCUCUCUUGUGGCCAAGGGGCAGGAGGGUGUCAAGUGGUCUGAACUGAUAAAAAUUGUGAUGUCUUGGUUCGUCUCUCCACUACUUUCUGGUAUUAUGUCUGGAGCUUUAUUCUUCCUUGUUCGUGCAUUCAUCCUUCGUAAGGCAGACCCAGUUCCUAAUGGUUUACGAGCUUUGCCUGUUUUUUAUGCCUGUACAAUUGGAAUAAAUCUCUUUUCCAUCAUGUAUACUGGAGCACCGUUGCUGGGCUUUGACAAACUUCCUCUGUGGGGUACCAUCCUCAUCUCGGUGGGAUGUGCAGUUUUCUGUGCCCUUUUCGUCUGGUUCUUUGUAUGUCCCAGGAUGAAGAGAAAAAUCGAACGAGAAAUAAAAUCUAGUCCUUCUGAAAGCCCCUUAAUGGAGAAAAAGAGUAGCUUGAAAGAAGAACAUGAAGAAACAAAGUUGUCUCUCAGUGAUACUGAAAGCCAGAUUCCUGUAUCUGAGGUAGGAUCUGCCAGUGUCCCCCUUCGGGCUGUGGUGGAGGAGAGAACAGUGUCAUUCAAACUCGGAGACCUGGAGGAAGCUCCAGAGCAAGAGAGGCUUCCCAGAGUGGAUCUGAAGGAGGAGACCAAUGUAGAUAGCACAAUGAAUGGUGCAGUGGAGUUGCCUAAUGGGAACCUUGUUCAGUUCAAUCAAGCUGUCAGCAAUCAGAUAAACUCAAGUGGCCACUAUCAGUAUCAUACAGUGCAUAAAGAUUCUGGCUUAUACAAAGAGCUGCUCCAUAAGUUACAUCUGGCCAAGGUGGGAGACUGCAUGGGAGACUCAGGCGACAAGCCCUUGAGGCGCAAUAAUAGCUAUACCUCCUACACCAUGGCAAUUUGUGGCAUGCCUUUGGAUUCAUUCCGUGCCAAAGAGGGUGAACAGAAGGGUGAAGAAAUGGAGAAGCUGACAUGGCCCAGUGCAGACACCAAGAAGCGAAUUCGAAUGGACAGUUACACCAGUUACUGUAAUGCUGUGUCUGACCUUCACUCUGUGUCUGAGAUGGACAUGAGUGUUAAGGCCGAGAUGGGUCUGGGUGACAGAAAAGGAAGUAGUGGUUCUUUGGAAGAAUGGUAUGACCAGGAUAAGCCUGAAGUGUCGCUCCUCUUCCAGUUCCUGCAGAUCCUUACAGCCUGUUUUGGGUCCUUUGCCCAUGGUGGCAAUGAUGUUAGCAAUGCCAUUGGACCUCUGGUUGCUUUGUAUCUGGUUUAUCAGACUGGGGAUGUUUCUUCAAAAGCGGCAACACCAAUAUGGCUUCUGCUCUAUGGUGGUGUUGGCAUCUGUGCUGGUCUGUGGGUUUGGGGAAGGAGAGUUAUCCAGACCAUGGGCAAGGAUCUGACCCCAAUCACACCCUCUAGUGGCUUCAGUAUUGAAUUGGCAUCUGCCCUCACAGUGGUAAUUGCAUCAAAUAUUGGCCUUCCCAUCAGUACAACACAUUGUAAAGUGGGCUCUGUUGUAUCUGUUGGCUGGCUCCGAUCUAAGAAGGCUGUUGACUGGCGACUCUUUCGCAACAUUUUUAUGGCCUGGUUUGUCACAGUCCCCAUUUCUGGCAUUAUCAGUGCUGCUAUCAUGGCAGUCUUUCAAGUAUCUUAUCUGAGAAUGUAAAUCUCAGAUUUAAAUUUAUGUCAAUGUUUGGGACCACCUUACACAUCCCUGCUCCUUUGAAGAAUGAUUACAGUGUUACUGAAGACCUGACAAGUCUUUUUGAAAGUUUGGGAGCUGUGGGAAGGAAGUGUUAUUUUAUGCUGUAAUUGCUUUUGUGCUAAAUAUGACUUGUCUCAAAAUUAGCUAUGUAAAAUAACCAGGUUUCCACUGGUUCCUCCUGAGGUCCCCUUGCUUUCUGGGCUGUGAAUUCCUGUAUAUAUUUCUCUACUUUUUGUAUCAAGCUUCAAUUCCAUUAUGUUUUAAUGUUAUCUCUGAAGAUAAUUGUGUGUGUGUGUGUGUGUGUGUGUGUGUGUGUGUGUGUGUGUGUGUGUGU